CCUGGGGGGACAUUAUAAAACUGCAGCUGCCGGAGAAGCAACAACUCAAAUCGUCUCAGAAAUCCAUCAGGGAUAGGUGUCGAUCGAUCCGCAGAGAUACUAAGUGAAAGGCCUCGUAUUUGUAUUGAUUUUCCUUCUCGAUCCAACAAGAAGUUAUCAGGAAACUGUGAAAAUGCCGGAACAGCAUGUUGCACCUGUUAUUGCCAACCUAGAGGAUUUCGAGCGGAACCUACCAGGUUACUUGAACGGCAACUCUAAGCUAGCCGUUCUCUUGGAUUACGAUGGAACCUUAGCUCCCAUUGCCGAUAAUCCCGCCAAGACCAAAAUGCCCGUGGAACUCGAGGCGAUUCUCCACAAGAUUGCCCAGCAUCCAGAGAUCUUCCUGGCUGUUAUCUCAGGACGUGGUCUCAAGGAUGUGCAGAAACAAGUCAACAUCGAAGGCAUAACGUAUGCCGGUAACCAUGGCCUGGAAAUCGAGUAUCCAGAUGGAUCACGACAUGACUACGAGCUUCCUGCUGAAAUCAAAAGAAACUACACAAACAUGGUCAAGGAGCUCAAGGAUAAGGUGGAGAAGAAUGGGGCUUGGGUGGAGGAUAAGCGGGUAUCGCUCACCUAUCACUACAGGGACACCCCAGUGGAGCUGAAGGACGAACAGAAGAACUUGGCCUCGGAGAUCUGCCGGAAGUAUGGAUUCCGACCCAACCAGGCUCAUGAGGCCAUUGAGGCCAAGCCUCCAGUGAACUGGAAUAAGGGAGAGGCUGCUCUCUAUAUCCUGAAACAGAAAUUCGGCGACAAUUGGCCAGAGACUGUGAGUGUGGUGUUUGCCGGCGAUGAUACCACCGAUGAAGAUGCCAUGAGGGUCCUGCGUGGCUUGGGAAGAUCCUUUAGAAUAGCUGAAAAUGAGAAAAUCCAAACCUUUGCCGACUUUAGAUUGCCCAAACAAGCUGUGAUGACUGAUCUACUGAAAUGGAUUGCCGAGGUUUAUGUUUCCUAGACUUUAUAGAAUAUUUCUAAAAUAAUUCAUACACUUUUAUGGUUUCUAUUAUUCUAAUUAUUAAUUGUUUAAGAUAAGCAUCACAAUUUAAAGGCCUAAAAUAAAAAUAAGCUUAUGAAAAA